ACGACAAACGAUGAUAAAACCAGCAUCUGUUGAAGUGGUUUAGCAGCAGUGGUGGACACACACAGGAACCUGUGCGAUAGAUUUUCCAUUUGCGAAGUCGGAUUGUGUUGCGGUCUAGUUGUCUCCGUUCUCCGUGUGCCAUUCCGAAAGUCUGAUUUGUUUAGAUGGUGGCACAGCACGGGGCGAAGCUCCGAAAAGUGAGCGUUCGUUGCAAUCGAAUUGACCGAAAAAAUAGGUUGUCUGUGAAAUAAUCGACUAGUGAAGUGCUAUUUGCUUUUUUUUUCUUUAAUCUUAAAAGCACAAGAACGAAGGAAGACCUUCUCCAGUUCGGCUUAAAGUGGAAUAAAUAAUUAUUCGUUGAGUUGAGAAAACAAAAAAAAAAAUAAACGAGAAAAAGAUUCACGAGUGUACAACUGAUUAGAGCGCAGCAUCCAGUGCGAGUGGAAUAAGUGAAAUAACAAAGAUCUUUGACUUGGAAGCACGACUGGAGCAGCGCAAGAGACACAGGUCGUGGAGGACGCAGGUGGAUUCGGGCAUGGUUCGCAGAUUCUCUAAUGGAUCGUAGCAGGCGUCUGCCUUACUUCAGCUGGAUUAUCGCGGAUAGCAUUCGCUUCCCACUUCGGACCAAGAACCGGUGUGGAAGAACCGUAGGAGGCGCUGAAAAGUAUUGUUCGAUUUCCUGAUCCCAAGGAGACCAAAACAAGCGAAACACGCGGCGAAAACCAGAACACGAAACCAACAAGCCCAAAAAACCGGCUCCGGGUAACGCCAGAUGGCCGACUACUGCCACAGCGGGGGCAGCAGUACGGUCAGCAGCAGCACUGGGAGCUGUCUGAGCUCGUUUCGGCGCCCGGUGGUAAUGGGUGGCUAUCAGCAUCACCGGUUGCAUCGGCAUCACGGUUCCCAUCCGGCACUGCUGCGGAUAGCGGCAACAACCGGGGGUGGCGAUAUCAACGACGAUGCCGUCGGCGUGCGGCCACAUUCGGUCGCGAUGACGACGGCUGCGGCAGCGAAAGCACUGGGAACAAUGGUGAUUGACCACCGGGUUCGGAUUGUACGGUUAAAUCGGCCACCACAGCAUAGCACAGUCGGAGGCAGUAACUUUGGGUUCUCCAUUCGGGGAGGCCUCGAGUACGGGACAGGAUUUUUCGUUUCCGCGGUGGAAAGUGGCAGCGAAGCGGAGCGGCAGGGGUUGAAGCUUGGCGAUCAAAUCGUGCGAGUCAACGGCUACCAUGUGGACGAUGCUGUUCACCGGGAAUUGGCACACUUUGUAGCCAACCAGGAGCGACUGGUGCUGAAAGUUCGUAGCGUCGGAAUCAUUCCGGUGAAGGAGCGCUCGAUAGACUCAUUAACCUGGCACGUGGUGUCCUACAAUGGUGCCUCGGUGGUGUCCAGCAACAGUGCGGAGCGAACGAGCUGCGGCAGCAGUACUACCAGCAGUACAGGUUCCGGUACGGUAGAAGAACAACCCGGUGCGGCUGGUUCCUGCCGUGAGCUACUGAUUACACUUUCGGUACCACCAAGGACUAAGCUGGGAUGCGGCAUCUGCAAGGGCCCAGACUGGCGGCCGGGUAUUUUCGUUCAGUUCACAAAGGAGGGUGGUGUGGCACGGGAAGCCGGUCUGCGGCCGGGUGAUCAGAUUAUGUCCUGCAAUGGACGUGAAUUUGCUGAUAUCACUUUCGCCGAGGCGGUCAGCAUUAUGAAGGCUUCCAGCUUGCUGGAGUUGAGGGUUCGACCCGGGGUGGGAAUCGAUAUGUUCCCUGGGGAGUCCAGCGGGUACAACAGUAGUGCAAGUAGCGUCAACGGGGAUUCCAGUCCCUGUUGGGGAGACUCAACCGCGAAGCGGUUAAGUAUCGUAAGAGAGGAGUCGAUCUCCAAUGAGCGCCGGGCCAAGCUGGGCACCAAAGGAGUCGCCAACGGGAGACGAAACAAUACGACGAUCAUUGAAUUUUCCGAAAACGGAACCGUUAUUAACAAUUCAAACAGUUCGGACAAAAAGCAACUCAACGGAGAAAACAAUAGCAGCGGAACGGGAGAAUCGAAGAAACUGGCGGAUAUUUGUUUCGUUUCUAAGCAAAGCGAAACAAAAACGAUCAUUGUCGAAGUUCAUCGGAGCGCGUCUACCAGUUCGAUCCCCACUGGGUCACCUCCCGGUGGAGGUUCCGUUUCACACAUUCCACCACCGCCGCCCCUGUUUGCGGACAAAAUACCACCACCUCCACCGCCCAGUAACGGUUGCGGUCUUAGCAGUGGUUAUUCGACUACCAAUAGCGCCAAAUCUAGUUCCGCCGGUAGCCGUCAACAGCAGCGGAGCCCUUCCGCGGUCAGUCUGGCGGACUCGAGCGCCAGUAGUGGCAUCGACUGUGGCGGUGGCGGUGGUGGUGGUGGCCUUGGCAGUGCAAUCUCCGAGGAACUGAAGCGAAGAGCGCAGAAAAAGGGAACAUCACUGUCGUCCGCACUGGAACCGGCGGCUGCGCUAACUGAACUGGAAAAUAGGUUAAAAGAGAAACGUUUCAGGCCACCGAACAGCGGCGGCAGUGACGCUGCAAGACACUCUGCCCUAAUGGACGAAUUCAAGGCGGUGCAUAAGCGCAUGUUCAAGAAUGGUUUUGACAAUGCUGAACUUAAGAAAUCACCUUCCAAAGACAAGUUACCAACGGAUGACGUGGCCCCAGCAAGCACCGUUUCCACAACCAAGGGAACCAUGGGUCGAAUGGCUGCCACCGAAUUGGCCAAAGCGAACGGUGACGUAGCCGAGCUGGAAUCGAUCGAAUCAUUCAAGAUGACUGAAUCAUCGCCAACGCCGGUUCGGCCACCGUCCUACUAUUUCUGUCCCCAGAACACUGGACCACAGACUAUGAAAAAAACUUUGAAACCGAUCGCGGUUACCAUCAGCGAGUACGAACCGACAAAAGGCAGCAAUCGUGCCGACAAUUCGUCCACCACCAGCAGCAGCAACGCGUCUUGCUCGAUCGGCAGGUUGCGCAACGAGCUGGAGAAGACACUAUCGAUGUCGAACCUGCGGCUGCGGUGUGAAUCGCGGGAGAGUCUGGUCGAGCGGGUCCAGGUCGGAUCGACGUGUGCCGAACAGCAACAGGUGGAACACAGCAAACUCAACCGGAGCUCGUCGGUUGCCACUACUGGAGUCGGCCGGAUCGGCACCAGCCAGCCAAACGCGCGAUCCGUUUCCAGUGGCAAUCGGAUUACGAUUGCUAUUUCCGGCAGUGGUGGGGCGGCCAAUCGGAAGUGAGCGAUGUAAUAUGUAACGGAAAUUCGAGAUUUUUUUUUGUUAAGGAUGAAUUGUCCCUAUUGGAGGGAUCAACUUGUUUGUGUUUCGUGAUGCGAAUUGUAAAGAAAAAGCUACAAGCUUUUUUCGUCAUGGUAAGCAAAGUUGCUCUCUUCUCUUGAAAGAUAUGCUCAAAAACUAUUGAUAAAAAUAUAUAUUUAUAAUAAUGUUUAUGCUCAA